AUGGUUUUUCUCUCAAACAGAGACAGCUUGAAAGAUCAUGAGCUCCACACUCAAAGGAACAGCGCUGUUUCUUUGAUUGGAGGCGCCACCCUCCUGGGGAACAACUACAUCCACUUCGCAGAAGCCACUUCCGCAGCCAGCUGCUGUCCGUUCAAUGACAUUACCUUUAACAUUCCGGGUCGCAGCUUCGGAAACUCGUACUUCGCUCAGGUCGUCUCGGAAUGGACUAACAUUACUGGUGCGACCACAGUGAACACCCCGGUAGCCGCAAGAUCCGGUUCC